CUCCUUCUAAGCAAAUCACCUCAUCUAUAUUCGGAGGGGAAUUUACCCAAAUUCCUCUGACCCGUCACAAUGCUCCGCUUAUUCUCCCGCCAGAAAAACCAAAUUCUCUCACUCUCCGCCACGCGCCACCUCUUUUCUACCACCGCCGCCGCUUCUUCAAAUCUCUAUUCAAAAUAUUCCUUCGUACCUCCGCCGUCACUUAAACCCCUAAACCCUAGUUCCACUCAUUCACCACCCAAGAAGCAGCCCAAACCCCGGUACCGUCCGCCGUCGUCACUGGACCGGACUGGUGAGAAACCGCUUCAGUCCAAAUUGCCCUUCGACUUCCGCUUCAGUUACACUGAGAGCAGUCCGGAUGUGCGGCCCAUUGGGCUUCGCGAGCCCAAGUACUCACCUUUUGGGCCUGGGAAGUUGGAUAGAGUGUGGACUGGAGUGUGUGCACCUGUGGUUGACCCAAAAGUGGGGUCACCGGGAGAUGAGAAAACCGUGGAAGAGAAGAGAAGAGUGGCGAGAGACAGAAUUCAAGGAGAGCCUUUAACGAAUGCGGAGAGGAAAGCUCUUGUGGAAAGGUGUCAGAGGCAUAAAACCAAGCGGCAAGUCAAUUUGGGACGAGAUGGUUUAACACAUAACAUGUUGAAUGAUAUUCAUAAUAACUGGAAACAUUCUGAAGCUGUAAGAAUAAAAUGUAUGGGUGUGCCUACAGUUGAUAUGAAGAAUGUUUGCACUCAGCUGGAGGAUAAGACUUCUGGUAAAAUCAUCCACAGACAUGGUGGUUUACUUGUGCUCUAUAGAGGAAGAAAUUAUCAUCCCAAGAAGAGGCCUGUUAUCCCCUUAAUGCUCUGGAAGCCUCACGAACCUGUAUAUCCCAGGCUUAUAAAAACUACUACCGAUGGCUUGAGUAUCGAGGAAACUAAAGAGAUGAGAAAAAGAGGAUUAGCUGUUCCUGCAUUAACAAAACUAGCCAAAAAUGGUUACUAUGGAAGUCUUGUACCGAUGGUACGAGAUGCUUUUCUCAGUGAGGAGCUGGUUCGGAUUGAUUGUAAAGGCCUUCAAAAGAGUGAUUACAAGAAAAUAGGCUGCAAACUGAGGGAUUUGGUUCCUUGUAUACUCGUGACAUUCGAUAAAGAGCAGAUUGUGGUAUGGAGGGGUCAAAACUACAAGCCUUCUGAGGAUGGGUUCUUCCUUACAGAAAGAGAACCAUUUGAUCAUUCCAGUAAUGAUCCGGAUGAUCAUGAGGUUGAAAACCAAGACGGAGAAGAAAUUACAGGCAACAAUGAUUAUUUUUCUGGCGACAGUGAUUAGAUCAUUUUUUGAUAAAUAUUUUUGGGCUUCAAGCGGGGUUAUAGUUAUUGCAAGUCAAGCCGAGGGAAAAAUAACAACACACAAUACGUCAACCAAAUACAACCUAAAUGGUUAGAAAAGACUUGCACAGCUUGGAGAAGAAUGAAGGUAGCUGUCAUUCGUUGUAUAUAUAGAUAGAUAGGACGUAGUUUUCAUGUCUCAACUGUUGGCUCUUCCAAUAGAUUGAUUGAUUUGCUGGGAGUGAAGAAUAUCACGUGCUUGCUGAUUAUUUUAAGUCCCAACCUGUUACCAACUUAGGUGAGAAAUUUCUGGUGCAGUAUUAAACUAUCCUGACAAUGCUGUUUGUGAAUCUCAAUGCAAACAGAUCCCAAAAUCACUUGUAUAUUUCCACGCCUGAUCCCAACCAAAUCAUGUUUAAGUGAAUAAAAUUAUGUGAGAAUGUAAGUGAUCAAUUAAAAAGUUCAGUUGCAUC